AUGUUGUAUGCAACUGACGAAGCACGAGAGAAAGUUCGACCAUUUUUCAUUACAAGAUACAAUGCCGAUAUUUCGCAAAUAUCUUUUCUGAAUAUUGUUUGGUGGAGUGAGGACACAGAAACAGUUAUUCGAUGUUGGUUAGCAUGUUUAGUGGUGACAUUGAUAUCUGCAUUUUCAAUUACAACGUAUUGUAUUCUAGGAUACAAGGUUAGAAAAAGGAAAAACAACAUUGAAAAAAUAUUUAGCUUUCCAAAAUCAGAUUGUUAGAAAGCUUCAAAACGCCAAAACAAUUUCAAGUCAAACAAAAAGAUUACACCGUCAACUUUUCAAAACUUUGGUUAUCCAAACAUUGAUUCCACUCGUCAUAUCAUUUUUACCUUGUAUGGUUGUUUGGUUCUUGCCAUUAUUUGGAAUAGAUAUUUGGAACUAUGGAAAUAUUGGAGUUGUUGCACUUUCAGCUUUUCCUUUUUUAGAUGCAAUUGCAGUGAUUCUUCUUCUUCCUGUUUAUCGAAAUCGUUUCAAAGUCUCGAGCUAUAGAGAGACAAGUGUAAAGACAAUUUUACCAUAAUCGUUUUUUAAAAUAAAAAGUUCACAAAUUAAGCACAUUCUUCAAAAAUAUUUACAUCUGUACAUUCUAUGUAGUUUGAAAUUUUUCCAUGAUAAAAAUUGUAUCAAAAAUAAAGACACAAUAGAUACAAAUUGGAUCCAUUUUCUGAUAAUUCCUGAGAAAAUACAUAAAAACCACCUGUUAAUAACAUUAUUGGUCUGUAAAUAAUGUACAUUAACUGGGCUUUUGAAUAUAUUCCAAAGUUAUUUUUUGGACUUUCUCUAACUUUUAAUCCAAUUUUUAUAUAUUUGAAUGUUUCUGACAAUAAGAAAGUUCUUGGAAAAUAUCGAUUUGUUCUAUUAGCUUUUUCAAUUUUCAAUUCAUUCUAUUCAAUUAUAGAGAUAGUUAUUCCUAUUGUGAGUUUUAUACUUCAGUUGAAAAACGUAUUUCUGAAUUUUGAAGGCGGCAUUUGGACGUGAUUCUCUUGUACUAGUUUAUCUUCCCGGUGGUCCCUUUGAAGAGGUAAUUUUUUUUUUUCUUCGAAUUGUAAUCUAUAAGUUCAUAUAGAAUUUAUCACUCGGGCAACUGGCAGUUUCCAUUCGAUGCGGUUUUAUAUCAUUGAGUUAUGGAAUUCUAACCAUUCAUUUUUUCUAUCGUUAUUUUGCUCUGGUAAAUCCAAAAAUUAAUGAUAAAAUCACAAGCAAACGAGGGAUUUUCAACUUGUCUAUAUUUUUUCUUUCACAUGGCAUAAUUUGGUCUGGAGUAAGUUUUCAUUUUCAUUUUGUUGUAUUUUACUUUAAAUAUCGUCAUUGAAGGUUUGUGAAACACUUUUGUACGAAACCGAAGAAGCUCGAAAUAGAGCUAGAGAAUGUUUCAUUAUACGAUACAAUACAGAUAUCUCAAAAGUAUCAUUUGUCAAUAUUAUUUGGUGGAGUACUGAUAAAAAUGCAAUGCUUCGAAGUUGGAUAGCUUGUCUCAUUGUGACUAUGAUCUCUGCUUUUUCGAUUUCAACAUAUUGUAUUCUAGGAUACAAGGUUAGAAAAAGGAAAAACAAAAACAAAAAUUUCAUAAAUCAGAUCGUGAAGAAACUGCAAAAUGUGAAAACAAUAUCAAAUCAAACGAGAAAAAUUCAUCGUCAACUUUUCAAAACAUUAGUGAUUCAAACACUCAUUCCUAUUUUUAUAUCAUUUAUUCCAUGCAUGUUUGUUUGGUUCUUGCCAUUAUUUGGAAUAGAUAUUUGGAACUAUGGAAAUAUUGGAGUUGUUGCACUUUCAGCUUUUCCAUUUUUAGAUGCAGUUGCAGUUAUUAUUCUUCUUCCUGUUUAUCGAAAUCGAUUCAGAAAAACUGCUGUGGAAACUAGUAUUAGAACAACUACAUGA